AUGGCUGAAUCAUCCAAAUCUAUAGUCGAGGAAGAUAUCUGGGAUUUUGUGGACACUGAGGACAUUUUUGAACUCGAUCCAGCUUCUGUAACCACUGAGCACAGUGUUCUGUCAUUCAUCAAUGGCACCAGCGACCUCAAGGUUGACCUGGACGGGCAGUUUUCCAAUGCCCACCAGCAUGGCGACUCGGGCCAGGACGCAACCGUCAACCAUAUGUUAGAGUUAGAGAACACACUUCUCAAAUCAACCGGGUUGGGGGUCUUGCCACAGUCUUUGGAGUCGCUUGUGGCUCCUGAAAAGGCCCAUGACGGCCAACAGGAACUUACAAAUGGGCCUGAUUUUCCAGACAUCAGCCCAGACUUGCAAGAUCGACUGGUGGAAAUCUACUUCCAGAACUUCCACCCGCUCUGUCCAGUGAUCGAUGAGAUCGAAUUUUCCAGUUGGUAUGGCUCCGACCGACUUGACGACAAUCGAGGGAGAGAACUCCUUGGUGCCAUCAAUUUUGUGGCUUUUGCUCAUAGAGCCUGCUUCCGCACCAUCAAAUACGUGUUUGACCAAAGUUCUCAAAGUCGGCCUGGGGAUGCUUUCCAUCAUGCCACCAUUGCAAAUCUCUCCGAGAGCUCCGAGGAAUACAGCCGUGUCAUCUGGUGGUGCUGUGUCGCACGGACUCGGGCUCUCGCUCUCGGUCUUCGUCGCCCAGACAAGGUCACAUCUCUUGAGCCGGGACGCAUGAUACAAUCCGAAGACUUCGGGUCUAUAGCUUUCCUUGCCCGAGCGGCGCGCAUGGAUGGGAAGAUUUUCGAGAUUGAAGCUUUCAUCGCUCUCUGUAAAUUGUCCGACUUGAUGGAUCGCAUUCUGCUUCUUCGAAAGAAUUCCGGAAAACUUUCAGACUGGAGGGCCGAAAACCCUUGGCUAUCCAUUUGUAAAGAUGAAUUGAAUCACGUCGUCAGCGUUGACAAGGAUCUCCGGAAUUGGGAGAGCUCGCACCGAGGUUUACUUGCCAGAAACAACAUAAUGGCUCAGACGAGGUCCCAGCUUUUGACGCUCCAGAUAUUGCGAAUUGUUCAUUUAUCAACGUUGAUGUCGCUCUAUGAGCCAUACAUGAGAUGUCCUAUCCAGCAGAGGUCUCCAGCCUUCCUCUUGCACAAAGCAUCCGUAGAAAGAGUGAAAGAAACUUCGUUCGCCAUCGGUGAUGCUGUCCAGAGCUUGUGGGAGGUCGCCAGAGUCGAGGACCUGCCUGCCUGGUUACAUGGGGAGCUUCAACUGGAAGUAAUGCCGGUCUUAGCCCCCAUGAUGGAGGUGCUGAGAAAGAUGCAGUCACGCUUUGAAGGUGGUGGCUACGUCGCCAAAAUCAUCGAGAGCAUCACGAGAACGGUCGACGUCAGGGUGCAUUCCUGGGAAGAGGAGCACGUAAUAUCAUGGUUACCCAAAUGGCUCGACCGCUCUCCUGAGACGCUCGAGUAUCAGCUGCUAGCCCGUGCAGCGCAGAUGGUACGUUCGAGUUUUGCGGAUAAAACCAUCGCGGUCGAAAUUGUAUGA